AUGCAACUACACUCAGGAAAAGACUUGAGGGUUCCUCAUUCGCUUGUCAUCACUAAACUUUCCUCAAAAGAAGAAGAGCAACUAGAAAAUGUUCAUUCUCAAGCCACCAAGUCUACUCCAGUAAGACAGCCUGAGCCAACACAAAUAGUUGAUGAAGAACCUCCAUUUCCUCAAAGACAAGCAAUAAAAGAACCUGAAACAAUGUCAGCCUUUGAUUUUCUAGAUCAGCUUAAGCAUGUUUGUGUUAAAAUACCCUUGUUCCAGGAAAUCAAGGAUGUACCCAUCUAUAGUAAAGCCAUAAGAUCGAUGUUCCUGAAGAAACCAGGAAGGAAAAGGAAAUAUCCCCAAACUGUUCAUGUAAUGGGUCAAUUAGCAGAUAUCAUGUUGGGGAAAGCAGUAGUUACUAAGUAUUCUGACCCUGGCAGUCCAGUAGUAGAACUAACCAUUAAUGGGUUAGCUGAUAGUUUAACAGUUACACCAGAUAGAGUUGUCGAAGACCUUAUUGUUACCUUGGAUUCUUGGGAAUAUCCAACUAAUUUCAUGAUUCUAUCACCUAAAGCUACUCUGGGAGAAUACCCUGUUAUAUUGGGUAGGCCAUGGAUAGCUAUUGCAGAUGCCUAUAUAGGUUGUAGGUUUGGAGAUAUGACCAUUUCAAAUGGUAACACCACUAAGAAGCUAAUUCUUUUUCCACCAGCUAAGCCCCAUGAAGAAGAUGAUACUCCAGUUUGGCCUGAUUUAGGUGAUGAGGUUGAGGAGGUCAAUUCUCUUAAAACACUUAUUAUGAUUGGUAGAAGUUCUAUUUUGAAAUUGCAAGAUGAUAAUGAAAUCUUAUCCCAAAUUAUCCAGAAUAAUUAUGAGUUGGGAACUGAAACAAAGAAUUAUCUUUCAUGUUCCUUGCAAAUGUAUGGAGUUCCUCGGGAGUUGGUCACUAAUCAGGGUCCCCAGUUCACUUCCACUUUAAUAUCAACAUUGGUGAAUGAGUACAACAUUAGACAUAAGAAGUCUAUUCCAUACCAUCUACAAGCCAACGACCAAGCAGAAGUCACAAAUAGAGAAAUUGAGGCAAUUCUUACCGGAACUGUGGCUCUUCAUAAGAAGGAUUGGGCAACUCGAUUACCUAAAGCAGUUUGGACCUACAGAAUCACAUGGAAGACAACAACUGGUUUUACACCAUUUGAGAUUCUUUAUGGAAAAACAACAAUUCUUCCUAUAGAAUUUGAGCUAAGACUAUAUGGACGAACCUUGAUCUAA